AUGUCGCUGUUUUUCUCCGGUCGCUGCCACAAAACAACAACACACAACAACAUACCACACAACAACAACACAGACCAGAGCAUGACGACAACAGUGCGCGAGCUCCUGGACUUGGUGGCUGAGCAGGAUGGCAGUGCAACGCUGUCGCUUGUGGACGUGGACGUGGCCGAUGACGCGUUGGAACACUUGAUUGCGCUCUUGCCUCAGCCAGAUGCCAUCACAAAGGUGGUGCUGGAGCGGAACGGCCUGCAAAGCGGCGCCAGCGUCGCCCGCCUGGUGUAUGCCUUGUCGGCGCUGGAGGAGCUUGUUGUGCGUCGCAAUGAUCUCACGCAGGACGGGUUCCAGGAACUGUGCGUGGCACUGCAAACCCACGACAGCCUGCACACGCUCGACUUGAGCCGCAACAGGCUCCCAGAUGCAGCUGCAAACGAGCUCUGUGCUGCGCUGGCAUCAUCCAGCUCGCUGCGCACCCUCAACUUGAGGGACAACUGCCUGACGGGGGACUCUGCGAUGACCCUCUCUGCCCUGCUCAUGAGCGGCGAGUGCAAGCUGGAAACACUAGACCUAGGCGUCAACGAUCUCUCGGACAGCGGGACCCUUGCCAUCGCCGCGGCCCUUGAGGCGGACGCGUGCACGCUGCAACGGCUGUCACUCGACACAAACUCCAUCACCAUGGUUGGUGCGCAGGGCCUUGCAUCUGCCCUCACCAAGAACAAGACCCUCAAGGUGCUCAGCAUCACGGACAACAAGCUCGGCGACGCAGGCGUACAGGCACUCGAAGAAGCGCAGGGAAGCAACGCUGUCCUGCAGGAGGUUGCAGUGCGAGGUAACAAGUCGAUCUUGGCUCAUACCUCCAUCUGACGCCGGCGCGCGCGCGUGUGUGUGUGUGUGCGUGCGUGCGUGCGUGCGUGCGUGCAAGUUUGUAUGUGUGUUUGUGUGUGUGUGCGCGAGGGAGAGUGUGCGUGCAUGCGUUAAUGAGUGAGUCAGUGUGUGAAUGAGUGUGAUUUGCAAGCGUGAGUAUGGGUGCUAGUGCACGUGGUGUCUUUGUGUGAAUGUUAUUCCGUGGUGCAAGACCAUCCAACCACUGGUGUUGUCCUGCGUCCCCUCGCUCCCCAUGUGCAUGCUCGUUUUUGGUUAAUGCAUGGCUAAGUGCUUGUCUGCUUUUUUACAUCCUGUCCGAUCGAUUGAUUGCCCCACUCGCGCCGGCGUUCACGCCGACACUGCGCUGUCUUGUUUUCCAACAUGUCCCCCCUCCCCCUGCUUGAUCGGACGCAAGACUCAUUCAUGUCCGUGUAUUUAUAUGUCGGGUGCCAAUGAAACCACGCCUCAUUUGCCAGUACAACAGCGCAUGUCACGCGAAGCAGAGUGGCCAUGACCGAACACCC